AUGGCCGACUCCUUCCCCGCGACCAUUUCGGGACCAACAUCCAAGGAACGAAAAUAUGAUCGCCAACUCCGAUUGUGGGCAGCAACCGGGCAACAAGCCCUUGAAGAUGCGCGAGUGUUGUUGGUGAACUCCGAUGGCCCUCUCGGCUCCAGCAGCACCGGCGUUACGGGUGUUGCAGGCGUGGAAGCACUCAAGAACCUGGUACUACCCGGAAUCGGUGGAUUUACCAUCGUGGAUCCGGCAACAGUUACUGAAGCUGACCUGGGAGUUAAUUUUUUCCUUGAGGAAGGGUCUCUCGGGAAGUCGCGUGCUGAUGAAACAUGUCGGCUGCUGCGAGAAUUGAACCCCGAUGUGCAAGGGUAUUCGUAUUCCAAAUCUAUCUCUGAUCUCCUCACAGAUCCGGAUUUCCUUUCUCGGCACAAGCUGGUCAUUAUCUCCGGCCCAACUAAGCGCUCUACUCUAGAGCCACUUUGCCAAAAGGCACAGGAACUAGAAAUUCCAGUGUUGUACGUUCACUCUCUCGGGUUCUGCGCAACCUUCUCAUUGCAAUUGCCUACUGAGUUCCCCAUUGUGGAAACUCACCCGGACCCAGAGUCAACACAAGACCUGCGUCUCUUGAACCCAUGGCCCGAACUCGCCGCAGCUGCCGGAUCGCUGGGUGACCUGGAGAGCAUGGACGACCACCAACACGGCCACGUACCUUACAUCUUACUUCUUCUCCGAUUCCUCUCGCAAUGGAAACAAUCACACGGAGCUAUGCCAGACAACUACAAAGAAAAAUCUGCAUUCCGCGAAUUCGUUCGCUCAAACGCACGCACUAAGAACGCCGAAGGUGGCGAAGAGAAUUUUGAUGAAGCAGUCGCCGCCGUCCUAAAAACAAUCUCCCCCUUCAGCUUGCGCAGCUCUAUCCGCGAGAUCUUCGAAAUGCAACAAUGCCAGCAGCUGACUACGAACUCCGCCGAUUUCUGGGUUAUCGCCUCUGCCAUUCGCACAUUUUAUAACGCGCACGGUGUGCUACCUCUGCCGGGCUCACUUCCUGACAUGAAAGCCCAGUCGGCAGACUACGUCGCCUUGCAAAAUAUCUACAAGGCCAAAGCACGGAAAGAUGUGGAGGAAGUAACUGCGACCAUCCGUCAACUUGAAUCCCAACUCGGGCGCACAACUACUAUCCUUGAUCGGGAGGUUGAGGUUUUCUGCAAGAAUGCAGCGCAUAUCAAGGUCGUUCGCGGACGGGGAAUCGCCCAAAUUAACGAGGAUACCGAUGCUGUUACGCUGAAGGCGCUGCGUAGUGGACUCGCUAUGCCUGAGUCUCUCGCAUCAAUUUUCAUUGCAUGCCAGAUUAUCGAUGCGGUCGUGGAUGAAAUUCAGAAUAAACCGGCACAAAACCAACUAUCUGUUGAUGAUGAGGGUCUCUGGGUUGCGCAGAAAGAGCGUAUCCUCGCUCUGCUGGCCCGUGAUGACCCAACACCCCUUGACGAGGAAGCACAGGAGAGCAUUGACAAUGCUAUCCAGGAGAUUCGCCGUGCGGAAGGUGGUGAGCUGCACAAUAUUGCGUCACUGGCGGGUGGUCUGGUCGCACAGGAGUCGCUUAAGGUUCUGACGAGACAGUACGUUCCUCUAGACAAUACUUGCGUUUUCGAUGGCGCUCGAAGUCGGAGUGAGAUGUAUCGCUUCUAG